AUGCCGCAAAACUCCCAGCACAGCGCUCCGCAGGCUGCGGCUCGCAGACCGUCGUUUUUGGAUUAUGGCGGGGCCAACUCGCUCAACAACUUCGCGUCCUCGCUCCAGCGGGCCCUGAUGUAUUUGGAAGUCACGCUUCCUGAAACCGCCGCCGCCAUCGACAAUAUCUCGCCAUGCACGUCGCGGGCCAGCUCGGAAAUCCGCGACAUCGAGCUGGGGCUUCUAUGUCCCGAUAACGGAAUGGGCCGUUCCACGGCGCCGCAGACAGUAUUCAACGCCAUCAACACGUUGAUGGGCAUUGCCAUGCUCUCGCUCCCCUUCGGGCUCAGGCUCUCCGGAUGGGUGCCGGGGGUCAUGAUUCUAGGCCUGUGUGCAUGUAUCACCUCGAAAACCGCCAAGGUCUUGGGCUCCGUGUUGCGCAAGCACCGCCACGUGCACUCGUACGCGGACAUUGCAUAUCUUUACGGCGGCAGCAAGUUCCUCGCGUUCGCCACCGGGGCGUUUGUGCUUGACUUGAUGGGAGCGCUGCUCUCGCUCGUGCUCAUCUUCAGCGACUCGUUUGCGACGUUGCUUCCCAACGCCAACCGCUCCUCGCUCAAACUUGCCAUCACCGGCGUGACACUCGUGUUCUCGUUCUUGCCCUUGUCACUCGUGUCUGUGAUCAGCUUGGUAGGCAUUGUGUGUACUGUCGGCAUUUUUGCCACGAUCGUUUUUUGCGGGCUCAUUGCCUCCGGGCUGCCGGUCUCGCUACUAUAUCCCGCACACACGUCGCUCUGGCCGUCGUCCGGGACAGAUCUCCUCCUAAGCCUCGGCAUCUUCAUGGCCCCAUGGGGCGGCCACCCGGUGUUCCCGGAGUUGUACCGAGACAUGCGCCACCCUUCCAAGUACAACAAGAGCUGCACGGCUGCCUUUCUGGCCACCAUUCUGUUGAACCUCCUCAUCGCCACGGCGGGGUACGUGAUGUUUGGUGACGCGGCAGAAGACUCCGUGACAAAGAACAUUAUCGCCCAGGCCGAGUACCCCGGCUGGGUCCGCACGGUGAUCUGCGUGAUUUUGGGCGUUUUGCCUGCUUGCAAGUUGGCCUUGGUCACGCGGCCGGUGAUCUCCGUCUACGAGAGCCAGCUCUCCCUCACCAACAAAAACACAGCCACGCCAUUGGAGCCUGCCAAAUUGACCUUGCGCCAAUGCCUAGCGCGUGUGGUGUUCAUGGCCUUUUUAUUUACCUUGUCCAUCGCCUUCACGUCCUUUGGCAACGUGGUGGCCUUCCUCGGCAGCGCCAUUUGCUUCACCAUAUGCGUCACGUUGCCCCUUCUUUUCCACUUGAAGUUGAAUGCUGACGAACUCACGCCCUUCCUGACUGUGGCGACCAAAGCAGGAGUCGCCGUGGGCAUUCUAGGUGCCAUUCUCGGAACAUAUGGGUCUUUGGUAUCGAAGCCGUAG